GACGCAAGGAAAGGACCCAAGUGAGGGAAACGGGGAUGCAAUUAAGAGACUUGGGAUGUACCCUAGGGUGUUGAAGAAUAAGAGAGGACAUGUGGAACCGGCCAAAGUGCUUUAUAUAAUUCUCUUAAAAUUAAACAGAUUUUAACAUGGUGUUUGGAUCUACAGCAACUAGCCUAUGCAUCUCUGAAAAAGUUGCAGAGUUUGAGAAAACAAUUGAUGAAUUUGGAAAAGGAGCCAAGAACAAGAACCACAAUAAUAUAACUUAAAAACAGAAAUGAAGAGUUCAGGCUAGUUAAGCACAGAUUAACAGAAAGGUAGCAGAAGCAGUGAGAAGAGAGAGCAGAGAGAUGUUUUAUAGAAGUCUCUACUGACUCAGAAGCUGCAACCUUCGGUCAUGCAGAUAAAUUAUAGACGUCAUUCCUCGAACCAACACUGUUUUUGGUGAAAGUUUUUGGACCAUCAUACUGUUGUGAGCUAUAGAGACAUUUAAACAAGACUUUUUACAAUAAUACAAUAAUAUCCAGAUUAAGAUUACAGAACUAAAGAGCACAAUAUUUAAAAUAGGAAAACAUUACAAUUAACAUGUGCCUUUUGUGGAGGAGAAGAAACAUCAGAUCAUAUAUAUUUCACAGAGAUCAGAGUUUUAUGGAUUAUCUCACUCCAUACCGGUUGGUGGCAGUAAUGCACCAUGUGACCACUUGUGAAGCAUUCAAAGCUGGAGCGGAAAUGUGGGCUGAGCUAAGCAGAGUAUUGGGAAAAUGGCGGCGACCAUGAGCAACGUGGAAGAAAUUCGGAGUCGGGUAAUACUGGGGGAAUAUAAUAUAACGAAUGUUCAUACAUCAGAUUACCCUGGCAACUACCCUGGCUAUGAUGACACCUGGGAUAUGCAGAAAUUUCAAAAGAACUUCAGAAUUGACAUUGUGCAUCUGGAUGAGAGCAGUAUGGAGUUUGACAUGGUGGGGAUAGAUGCAGCCAUCGCCAACGCCUUCAGAAGGAUCUUACUAGCAGAGGUGCCGACCAUGGCUAUAGAGAAGGUAUUCAUCUACAACAACACGUCCAUCGUUCAGGAUGAAGUCCUGGCCCACAGAUUGGGCCUGGUCCCCAUCAAAGCCGACCCUCGUCUGUUUGAGUACAGGAGUGCUGGUGAAGAGUCUGCCGAGGAGGAAGGUUCAGAAAUAGACACAAUUCAGCUGCAGCUGAAGAUUAAAUGCAGCAGGAACCCCAGAGCCAGCAAAGACUCCGCUGACCCCCGAGAGCUGUAUCUGAACCACAUGGUUUAUUCCAAGGACAUCACGUGGGUCCCGAUUGGGAACCAGGCAGACGUCUUUGCAGACGCCGUCAUCGGACCGGUGCAUGACGACAUCCUGAUAGCUCAGCUACGACCGGGACAGGAGCUGGACGUCAUCAUGCACUGUGUCAAAGGAAUUGGUAAGGACCAUGCUAAGUUCUCUCCAGUGGCCACAGCCAGUUACCGCCUCCUCCCGGACAUCACCCUGCUGGAGCCGGUGGAGGGAGAGAAGGCAGAACGCUUAAAACGCUGCUUCUCACGAGGAGUUAUAGACAUACAAGAUGUUGAUGGGAAAAAGGUUGCCAAAGUAGUGAACAGUCGCUUGGAUACAUGCAGCAGGGAGUUCCUCCGACAUGACGACCUGAAGAAUGCUGUGAAGCUUGGAAGACUUCGAGACCAUUUCAUCUUUACCGUGGAGUCCACUGGCAUCCUGCCUCCAGAUGUCCUGGUCACAGAGGCCAUCAAAGUCCUCAUGGUCAAGUGCCAGAGGUUUCUCAAUGAACUGGACUCUACUGACCUGGAAUGAAGUGAUGACUGAGCAUGCUCAGAACCACCACAGAGGAUAUGACGUUGAAACAUGCCAUCCACGUGUCUAUGAGGGCUUGUGUGGUUGAUUAUGUGCUCUCAGUGGCUCUGUUGAAACGUGGCUGUAGUGAUAAAACCCAUUCUGAAUGUUCAAAAACCAGAACUUGCCAUGGUGGUUUGACUUUCUUGUAAGUAUGUAUAUACGGCUGUCUCCAGCAUUUUGUAAAGCGCUCUUGAUUCUCAAAUAAACAUGCUGAAUCAAACAAACAUCACCAGUAAUAUCUACACGCCCAGAUAUGCACUUGAGCUUUCUGUAUGGAUUUCGACCCUUGAAAACGUAUUAUUAGAUAUUAGGGGUGAUUGUGGCUCAGCGAUAGACCAGGUCGUCCUUCGUAUCGGCGGUUCGAUCCCCGUCUCCGCUAGUGCAUGUUGACGUUUCCUUGGGCAAGACACUUAACCCCAAAUUGGUCCCGCAGCCUGUUCCUGUUUAUGGGUAUGAAUGUUGGUCCUGAUGGGCAGGGGGCACCUGUCAUCAGUAUAUCAAUGCGUGUGAAUGGUGACAUGUAGUGUUAAAGCGCUUUGAGUGGUCGGAAGACUAGAAAAUAACUAUACAAGUGCAGUCCAUUAACCAUUAUUAUUAACGUACUAGUGGACCAACAGUAUAUAUAGUUUUAAUAUAAAAUCAAUAAAGACGACUUUAUUAUGAUAAAUUCAUAGAUGUGAUAUUCUAUGUCAGUGUGAUCUCUGGUUGCCUUUUUGUUUGCUGCCAACAUAACUUCAAACAGCAAUGUCCUCCAUCCUGUUCCAUAGAAUGUAUUUCUAUUAUUUCAUAUCUUAUUUACAGCAGCACAUGUAUAUGAACACGCUAUGUAUGCACAGUAUAAAAUGGGCUGCUUGAUUUAUUGUGUUAAGGCCCAUUCGGUGUAUGAGCUGAGCCAACACUAUAUUAUCAGAUAUACCGUGUAUAUAUUUGCUGAUAAGAUGUCUGUUCUAAUUAAGAGAUAUCGUCUCAGUUGCAUUGUUUCUCAGCUGACAAAUGUAUUUUUGAACUGUAAAAUGUCCCUCUCAGUGCAUUAUGGGCCAUAAUCAGGGUUUAGAAAUAUUGGGGUCAUGAGUCAAGUCCCCCCACCCUUGAAAGGAUUUGACCAGACACAGAAUGAAGUCUGUAUAAUGUUGUAAAUGUUUAUUUUGUGCCAUGAAAAUGUAAAGCCUUGUAGUUUCAAAGCCUUGUGCAAACGAGAUCACCAUCACUGCACAGGAAUGCUGCUGGGCUUUAUUUAAGGUGCGAUCUCUACGGUCAAUGUGUGCAUUCUCAAAAUUAGGAGAAGUGCAAAGAGAGUCAGGGUAUAAAAUGAAACAUUUGGAUUACUGUUGUUGAAGAUACACAACAUCACCCAUGUUUCAGUGUGGCUGGUUGACGUGUGAUUCUGAUAGAAAAAAACUACAAAAGAGAGAAAUGUUCUGCUGCAGUACUUUAUACCAACAAUAUCUAUGUUAAAGAAUUUCUCAAUCACUCUGACAACACCAUACACUUAAAGAUAAGAUAACAUAACAUUGAACUCAACAGGAUUAAGAAGAGAUUGUGCUGGUGAGAUUAAGCAGCCCAAAAUGUGUUUAUGAAGGCUAUGAUGAGGGAAUAAAAGCAUAAAUGAGACUGACCUA